AUGAUGAGUUCAACCUACAGCACCAGGGUUAAAGCCCCUGCUUCAAAUCUGCCCUCUCACGGAACUAUUGACACUCUGUCUUAUGACGACGGCGUCCGAAACUCUCUUGGGAGGGCAUCGUCUGAUAAAAAUAGUCUCCGGAAGGGUCUUGCUCGACCUAGGAAAACCAUCCUUUUUGGUCAGCUUAAUUGUCGAAGUCUCUCUUCGCUGUCAUCAAGAGAGGAACUUAAUAAACACAUAUGUGACUACAACCUAUCUGUUACCUGCAUCCAAGAGCACCGUCAAGUACAUCGACCUGAAGACCCUGAUAUCCGAAUCUCUAGUUUAGGAUCAUCAACCAUCUUCACCUCUUCUGCAACCCGGAAUCGACAAGGUGCAGCCGUUGGUGGUGUAGCAAUAACUGUUCAAACAUCACUGCUCCCGCUGCUGACUUCUAUCUCUAAGAUCAACGACAGAAUUAUGCUCGCCAUCUUCAAAGGCAAUCCCAAGACAUACGUUGUCUCCUGUUACUCUCCCACUAACACAAGUGAUGAGGCGUCUAUUACUGGGUUCUACAAAUUUCUCAAUGACACAAUUGCCUCCAUUCCCCUACAUGCCCUCCUUGUCAUCGGAGGGGACUUCAACGCUCAUGUUGCAAGGCAGUUCUCCUACCACUCUACUACCAACCGUAAUGGUCAGCUCCUCAGUGACUUUGUUAAUCGUAACAACCUUCUGAUUACCAACACACUAUUUCAGAAGUCCUCCAAAAAGCUCUGGACUCACCGUUCACCUAACAAGUACCUGUCACAGAUUGACUUCAUCCUGUGCCGUAAACGUUGGAGAAACAGCAUCCUAGAUUCUCAAGCGUAUUCAACAUCUGACCCAAUUGGCUCCGACCAUCGUAUAGUCUGUGCUAAGAUAAGGCUCAGUCUUCGUUCCUGUUAUGGAGUGGCAUUACGCGGCCACCGUAUCCAUAUUCUAUGA